GUGGUGCUGAGCCGGCCCGCCUGGCUCUGGGGCGCCGAGAUGGGCGCCAACGAGCACGGCGUCUGCAUCGGGAACGAAGCCGUGUGGGGGAGAGAGGAGGUGGGCGGCGACGAAGCUCUCCUCGGCAUGGACCUCGUCAGGCUUGGACUCGAGAGAGCGGACACAGCUGAAAAGGCUCUUACUGUCAUAGUUGAUUUGCUAGAAAAAUAUGGACAGGGAGGAAACUGUAUGGAGAGCCACAUGGCAUUUACAUACCAUAACAGUUUUCUCAUAGCUGACAGAAAGGAAGCAUGGGUGCUGGAGACAUCAGGAAAAUACUGGGCAGCAGAAAAAGUAGAAGGGGGCGUACGGAAUAUUUCCAACCAGCUCUCUAUCACAACCAAGAUUGACAGAGAACACCCAGAACUGAAGGAAUAUGCAAAAAGCAAGGGCUGGUGGGAUGGGGAAAAGGAGUUUGAUUUUGCUGCCGCAUAUUCUUAUGUAAAUACUGCCAGAAUGACCACAACCAGAGGCCGAUAUUGUGAAGGCUAUAAACUUCUGAACAAACACAAAGGAUCUAUCACUUCUGAAAUAAUGAUGAAAAUUCUUCGCGACAAAGAGAGCGGCAUUAAUAUGGAAGGUGAAUUUAUGACAACUGGAAGCAUGGUGUCUGUAUUGCCUCAGGAGCCUAAUCUGCCAUGUAUUCACUUCUUUACUGGAACUCCAGAUCCUGCGAGGUCUGUAUUCAAGCCUUUCAUUUUUGUGCCCAAUAUUACUCAGUUAUUAAAAACUAGCUCCCCUACAUUUGGUGAUCAUGAUCCAGUUAAGAAGCAACCACGUUUUCAGAACAAGCCAGAUCGAAGACAUGAGCUCUAUAAAAAACAUGAAAGCGCUGCUGUAGUUAUGGAAACUAUCGAGGGCAAAGGUAAAGAGAUGCUGAAAGAGAUACAGGAGUUGGAGAAACAGAAGAUAAGUGAAAUGGAAUCAAUCCUGCAGAAUGGAUGUCUUGACACUAACCAAGUGGUUAAUCUUUUUUCACAGUGUGUAGAAGAAGAACUCAAGAUAUAUAGCUAAAACUACUAUUUGAAUGUGGUAAAAUUCGGUUUUACGAUUAAGUUUUCUAAUUAAGUGGCUAUACAGAUUACAUCCUAUUUUCGUGAUACCAAUUAGUAUGGGCAGUUUUAAAGAUGCAAAUUCAAAUUCAGACCAAACAGCUUUUGGUUGUAUGAAGCAAUGCUGAAAAGGCUCUUAAGAGCUAGGCAAUGGCUUUGUCUGUAUGUGGCAUAAAGCUGUCAGCGGAGAUUGACUUUGCCAACAAACAGAUAUAAUUAGAAUGUGACAGCUUGACUAAAUUGUGGAACAACCCCAUCUCUGAAUGAAGAAUGCUAACUCAGAUUUGGAGAACUCAGUUCUAGUGUACACACAUGUAGCUUUUAUAGUCAAGAUAACUGUAGCAGAAUUUCACAUUGCCUGA